AUGGAGAUGUCUGUGAACAACUCUCCCUAUCCUCUGUCCUCUUCAUCAUCUAGGCAGUCCCUUCAGAAAGACGCCUCAAGGCCAGAUACUGCCUUAUCACGGCCAGGUGACAGAUACCCCAGACGGCAACUGCCAGAACCGCGAUCUGCAGACGAAACUAAUCAACUGCCAGUGUCAGUCGCAUCCCCGUGUCAGGACGCAACUCAGGACGCAACCGCGGUUGGGACAGAAGAUAAUCCUGAAGAGGGCCAUGACCGACCACCAUCCCACCCCGCUUUUCAGCCUUUCUUCACACUAAUCGAAGACGCCCAUACCUCCGAUUACCACCACCCAACGGUCCACUAUAUAUUCUCGGACGAUGACAGUGAUAUCGUGACCGAGGCUGCUUUGCGGAGCUUAUCGGCACAACAAGAAGCCCUCUCUGACUCUAAGAAGGACCAAAUUGCGCACAAUACCGCAUCUCCCCUCGAUGAGGCCAAAGAUCCUGCGGACUCCGCCCCGGCUAAGACAACCCUGCUGCCACCACCGGUGCCAGGAGUACGGGAGAACUUCAUUAUUCUAGACGUAGAGCCAUCUCCCGCCACAGAGACCCAAGUGCCAACUCUGGAACAACUCGUACCAGGGAAAAGCGACACCAAGUCCUUAUCUUCAUCCCCAGCCAACCAAUACACACUGUCGCAAGAGGGUCAACAUCAGUACCGUGUAACCGGAGCGCAGAGUUUCUCCUCGGCAUGGCAAGUGCUCAACACAGAAGUCGUACCAGCACCAACUUUUGAGAAUAGCAAUCCGGGUGAAUCACCAGGGCACGGCUUGAUGUUGAAGAUCCGUGGUACUGCCGGUCUACCUGAUCAGAGGCCCAAGGAUGGAGAGGGUAGGGGAGGUCAAAGGCUCGAGGACAUGAUGGACCAAUUCGCGAAGCGGAUGAGUGAACUGCAGGUGGUGAUUGAUGCGGCGGAGGCCUCGAGCUCCAAUGCGCACUUGCAUGGUGACUUGGAGCACCCGUUAUCCCCGGAUGCAGCCGAAGAAGGCAUGCAAGAUGCCACCACUGGUGUGAGGCAGAUCUGA